AUGGAAACCAUCCGUCAUGCGGCAAAAACGCAUGGCGGUUUAGGCUGGUGCAUAUAUGAUCAUAAAUUUCGCUAUAAAGCCGCCGCGUGUCGAACAUUGUCGUGGGCCAACAUUGACAUGCAGUUAUGGUUGCGUAUUUUCACCGCUAGCUCUACUCAGUUGCGGGAAGAUUAUUCCCUUUUUUCUAACGGACCCUCAAACAAAGCUGGGGCAGCGAGGGACGGAAUUUGCCACAGCUACAACAGGGGUAGACCUUGCCCAUUACGACCCAAUUGCCCUUACACUCACCGAUGUAACCGAAUUGGCUGUGGGGGGAACCAUCCUGGGUACCAAUGUCCACAAUCCCGUGGGGAAAACAAUCACAACGACGACCACCCUUCACAAUCCGCCCGUAGCUCCGCGAAGACCAACAGAAAAUAG